AUGGGGCAUGCUGCUCGUCAUAUAUGGCCGCCGCUGGGCGGCCAUGGGUCAUACCCGGAGUCUCAGAGGCAUGAUUUUGGCGAGACAGAGCCUCCGGGGCCUCAGUCUAGACCGCCUUCGACCCUUUCACGGCGAGGUGACAUAGCCCUGGAAGCUGCUGGCAAGAACAGCCACGGAUGCGGGCUCGGAUUCGCCGGUGAUGGCGCGGGCAGCGAUGCCCUUCUGCAAGACGGGUCAGCCGGCAUGCCAUGCAGGCCCGCCCAGCUCUGCCAAUGUUCGGUAGAAUGGCUCGCCAUGACUCUUUUGGGGAUCCAUUGGUGCUAG